CCUUAAUUUUGAAUUUUACAAAAUAGACCUCAUUUAUUUCUCAACCCUUGUCCUUUAGUUUGUCCCCAGGAAAGCCUAAAAAUUUGAUACCUCUCCGAAAAAACGCUCUUCUCCCAAAAUGUCCGACCCGGAAGUCACAACCGUAGCCACAUCGGAGCAAGACUCCUCCGCCUCACCCCAACAAAACGUCGACCAAACCAAACUCUCCUCCGCCGGUUUCAGCAUAUGGCCACCCACUCAGCGCACUCGCGACGCCGUCAUCACUCGCUUAAUCGAAACCCUAACCACUCCCUCCGUCCUUUCAAAGCGCUACGGCACAUUGCCUUCUGAAGAGGCCGCCUCAGCCGCCCGCCAGAUCGAGGACGAGGCUUACUCUGUCGCCAGUGACUCAGGCGCUCCAGACGGCGGCGACGGUAUUGAGAUCCUUCAGGUUUACUCCAAGGAAAUCAGUAAGCGCAUGCUUGAAACCGUUAAGGCUAGACCUACCAUAGGUUCCAAUGCCGUGGACAACGAUGCUGCUGAAGCUCCUCCAUCUGUGGAUCCUCCUUCUUCUUCACCAACCGCAGUGGAUGCUCCUGACACCGGCAAGAUCGAGACGGAGACUGAGACUGAGACCUGAUCAGUGGGUAUUAUAGUAUGUUAUCGCGGGUUUUAUAAUUUAUUAUCAUGUUUACCAUAUUGAUCUAUCUUUAGAACUCUGUUUAUUUAUUGUGCCACCAAUCUAUCUAUAUCACAUAUUAUUAUAAAUGUGGAGGUUUGUGUUUGAUUUGUGUAAUUUGUAUUCUAGUUCAUUUUGAUUAUGCUAUCUCAUUAGAAUAUGUUGGAAUUUUGGAGUUGGAAUACAUCAUCAGUGUGAAUGUGUCUA